AUGAGAAAGUGCUUUCAGUUGCUGGCUCACCCCGCUUUGAGGCCAAACAAGGUUGAGGUCGUUUCCAUUGAAGGCACAGGAGCCAUGUCAAUGUCUGAAUCUAAGGAUGGUGCUGGUGGUGUGGAUGUUGGCUUGGUUUCGGAAAAAAAUUCCAUGCAAGUUUUUGCUAUUCUGUUGGCUGAAGGUCUUGCCAAUCCUAUGUGUUGA